GAACUAACCAUGCGUGAGACGCGCCUUCAGACCAAGAAGCGCGCCGAGGUUCGCAAACAGGUCAUCGAGAACAUCAAGAGCAAGAACAAGAAGAGAGAGGACGAAGACACCGAGAACAACGAUCCUGACGACUCGACUACCGCCAUGGCCAACAAGUCUACUCAGGAUCCACCCGCAGAAUAUGUUCCCACUGGAAUUUUUCCUCUACUUCGCCUGCCUACCGAGGUGCAGAUCAUGGUCUACCAAUACGUAGUUGAAGAUCAAGAGGAAGUCAUCAUGCUUGAGAACGCCCAGACUCCUGCACUCGCUCGUGUCAACAGAUACCUACGCGCAACUGUGCUUCCCAUCUUCCUCGGCACCAACACUUUCCGUGUCUUCACCGAGGAAGCCCCCAUCGCCAAAGACGCUCAGGCAAAGGAAGCCAAGUUCAAGAUCCACAACUCGGUCAUGGAGUGGUUGACACCUCUGGGCUACAAGACUCCUCUCUUCAAGAGUCUGGUCAUCCACUUUGGCGUGCAGAACAACACCGAGGUGGUUCUCCAGUGUUCGCGCAAGGCUGGCAGCAAGAUCGGCACCUUCACUGUCAGACACGAAGCCAGCUGCCGCUACUGCUCCAAGCUCGGCGAACAAUACCCACUCUUCCCUCAUGCCAUCUUGGACAGCCUGCCCACCCACGACCAACUUCACCGUAUCGUUAACAAGAAUGAAGAACGCAGCAUCUCUGUUGGCAUUGAGCAUGAUCUUUCCCUUGCUGACCUCGAGAAGAAUGUCUUUUCGAGAUUCACUGGUAUCAAGAGGGAUGCUCUGGCCCUCAGUAUGGCUAACAUCAUGGGUCUUGAACGUGUCAUCAACCAGGGACAAAUAACUUUCGCCAUGGCUGUUCACACUAUCAACAUGAAGCGCAUCAGCGAGACUCCUUGCGUGAUCAAGUACAAGAAUGUCACCUACGUUCUGCGCAAGACUGCUGACACCUGA